AUGACAAUGCUGGUCGCCGCCGCCUCCGUCAAGCCCUCCACCACCGCGGCUGCGGGCACCAGCAAGGCGGCCUUCAAGCCCCUCCACCUCCCUCCCCUCCCAGCCGCCGCCGGCCUCAGGCCGCUCUCGCUCACCGUCUCCGCGCGUCCGCUGUACCGUCAGGAGCAUGUCCUCGCAACCGUGUCGGUGGCGGCGGCGGGCCGCAAUGACCGCUCCGCGUCCCCCGCGCCGCCGUCCGCCACCGCAGACGGCGCCCGGCCGGUGGAGGUUGCCGCCGCGCCCGCGGAGAACGCGCGGCGCGCCAAGAUCGGGGUCUACUUCGCCACGUGGUGGGCGCUGAACGUGAUCUUCAACAUCUACAACAAGAAGGUGCUGAACGCGUUCCCGUACCCGUGGCUCACGUCGACGCUCUCCCUCGCCGCCGGCUCCGCCAUCAUGCUCGCGUCCUGGGCCACCAGGAUCGCCGAGGCGCCCGAGACGGACCUCGAUUUCUGGAAGUCGCUCACUCCCGUUGCGAUCGCGCACACGAUCGGGCACGUCGCGGCGACGGUGAGCAUGGCUAAGGUGGCCGUGUCGUUCACGCACAUCAUCAAGAGCGGGGAGCCGGCAUUCAGCGUGCUCGUCUCCAGGUUCUUCCUCGGCGAGCACUUCCCGGCGCCGGUCUACUUCUCCCUCCUCCCGAUCAUCGGUGGAUGCGCUCUCUCCGCCGUCACCGAGCUCAAUUUCAACAUGGUUGGAUUCAUGGGGGCAAUGAUUUCGAACCUGGCAUUCGUCUUCCGGACAAUUUUCUCCAAGAAGGGGAUGAAGGGCAAGUCCGUGAGUGGGAUGAACUACUACGCCUGCCUCUCCAUCAUGUCGCUGGUGAUCCUCCUCCCCUUCGCCAUCGCCAUGGAGGGGCCCAAGGUGUGGGCAGCGGGCUGGCAGAACGCAGUCGCCGAGAUUGGUCCCAACUUCGUCUGGUGGGUGGCGGCGCAGAGCGUGUUCUACCACUUGUACAACCAAGUAUCCUACAUGUCGCUGGAUGAGAUCUCGCCGCUUACAUUCUCCAUUGGCAACACCAUGAAGAGGAUUUCUGUCAUUGUCGCCUCCAUCAUAAUCUUCCAAACGCCCGUCCAACCCAUCAACGCACUCGGAGCCGCCAUCGCCAUUCUUGGAACCUUCAUCUACUCCCAGGCCAAGAACGGCAGCCGUGCAAAGGUCUGGUGGCCCAUCUUGCUGGUGAGUGGUGACAGGAUCAUAUAUGAAUAUGCAGUACUGAAGAUAAUGCUAGUGAGAUUGAGAGGCAGAGUCGUAGAGGUAGAGGGCACCAAGCCAGUUUUAGUAGAAAUAGCCAGUAUCAUUCUAAUGGUUAGCGGAAAUCUCUGUGCCACCGUACCGAGUAAUUUGAAGAACGACAAACAUAUCGAGCAAACAAAGUGA